AUGAAUGAGAUCAAGGAAAUUUCGGUUGACGCAUACACUUACUUGGCUGCCAUUCUAGCAUGCCAUUGGACUAGACAUGCCUUCCCAACCAGAUGUAAGUCCGGAAUGCUUUCAAAUAAUUGUUGUGAGUCUUUCAAUAAUGUUUUGAGGGAGACAAGGGGAAAGUCAAUCAUUUCCCUAAUAGAAUGGAUUAGAAGGUAUGUUAUGCAAAGGUGUGCAGCUAAGAGGGAAGGGUUGAAUCAAAUCAAGGGUGUAUUAAUGCCCUCUGUGAUGAAAUUCGUUGAAAAUCAAGCUCAAAAUGUUCAUAGCAUGAGAGACAUUGCAGUUAAUGUGAUGGAGUUUAAAGUUGAUGAAGGCAUGCAUUGUGUAGUGAAAAGGAAAUUAGAUUUUGCCCCUUAUGUGCAUGAAGCAUACUAUGUGAGUACUUAUGCAAAAACCUAUGCACCAACAUUCCAUGGAAUGCCUGGUCACAGGCAUUGGCCAACUUCUCAAUUGGAUAAGCCUCUUCCCCCACCUUUUAGAAAUAUGCCAGGAAGACCCACAAAAAACAAGCGAAAGUCCGAGUUUGAUGAGGGUAGAGAUGGAAAGAAGAAGAAGAAUUUUGUUGAAAGGGACUUCAAGCAAAACAAGUGUGGGAACUGUGGAGGGCUUGACCAUUACAAGAAGACUUGUAAGAACCCACCCAAAUCAAAUGAGGCAUCCACUAGUGCAGCACCAGUUAAAAGAGGAAGACCAAAAAAACAUCCUAGUAUAACUCCACCAACUACAUCAUUACCCCUACAGCAACUCAAACCACAACCAAAGCCCCUGAAUUAG